GCCGCCGUCGCUGCCCCCAGCCCCGGCCCCCGGCGUCCCCGCCAUGGCCGGCCCGGCACUUCUGCUCAGCCUCGGCCUCCUGGCUGGCCUUCUGCCGUCGCUGGCCGCCUGCCCCCAGAACUGCCACUGCCACGGCGACCUGCAGCAUGUCAUCUGUGACAAGGUGGGGCUGCAGAAGAUCCCCAAGGUGUCAGAGAAGACCAAGCUGCUCAACCUACAGCGCAACAACUUCCCGGUGCUGGCUGCCAACUCUUUCCGGGCCAUGCCCAACCUCGUGUCGCUGCACCUGCAGCAAUGCCAGAUCCGUGAGGUGGCGGCUGGCGCAUUCCGUGGCCUCAAGCAGCUCAUCUACCUGUACCUGUCCAACAACGACAUCCGCAUGCUGCACACUGGUGCCUUCGACGAUCUGACUGAGCUCACCUACCUCUACCUGGACCACAACAAGGUGACGGAGCUGCCCCGGGGGCUGCUCUCCCCACUGGUCAACCUCUUCAUCCUACAGCUCAAUAACAACAAGAUCCGCGAGCUGCGCCCAGGCGCCUUCCAGGGCGCCAAGGACCUGCGCUGGCUCUACCUGUCAGAAAAUGCGCUCAAUUCCCUGCAGCCUGGUGCCCUGGAUGACGUGGAAAACCUUGCCAAGUUCUACCUGGACAGGAAUCAGCUGUCCAGCUACCCGUCCGCUGCUCUGAGCAAGCUGCGGGUAGUGGAGGAGCUCAAGCUAUCCCACAACCCCCUGAAGACCAUCCCCGACAAUGCCUUCCAGUCCUUCGGCAGAUACCUGGAGACCCUCUGGCUCGACAACACCAACCUGGAGAAGUUCUCGGACGGUGCCUUCCUGGGUGUGACCACACUGAAACACAUCCAUCUGGAGAACAACCGCCUGAGCCAGCUGCCCUCCAACUUUCCCUUUGAAGGCCUGGAGACCCUCACUCUCACCAACAACCCCUGGAAGUGCACCUGCCAGCUCCAGGGCCUUCGGCGGUGGCUGGAAGCCAAGGCCUCCCGUCCAGAUGCCACCUGUGCUUCACCCGCCAAGUUCAGGGGCCAGCACAUCCGUGACACAGCUGCCUUCCGCAGCUGCAAGUUCCCCACCAAGAGGUCCAAGAAAGCCGGCCGCCACUGAACAGGUCCCGACCCAGCCAGUCCUGGUGACUGGCCUCUGUCUUCUGCCUGAGAGACUACUGACCUUCCCACCUCUGACCCCCCAGGCUCCUCUCCACAGCCUCUGCUGAUGCACAGAGCUGCCCACACCUAGACUCGUCCUGGCAGGGGGGCCUCAGACGCUCCAGUGCAAACCCAGCCCCCUGAUGGUGUCCAGGAGGGGACACAGAGCCCCUCCUUGACCACACCCCUGGCCCACUGCCAUCACUCUUCCAGAAAAGAUGUGGCUGAGACCCCCAGGUCCCUCAGAACCAGAACAAGGUGUCAUCAAGGACGGCCACCCCUCCAGAACCAACCUUCCCUCUGCUCCCCUUUCCCCAUCACUUGGGAACGAACAUCUGAUCUUCACCACCCCACGUGCUUCCAGAAAGGGUCUUAAGUCCGUAUCCCAACUCUGCCAGCCCAAGCCCACCAGGACUCUCUAGCAGGACACCUGUGCUUUGCUACAUACCCUCCCAGGCUGCAUUUCUUCCCCAGAUUUCUAUGACUAUAAAUUUAUGUAUGUAUAAUA